AUGGGGGGCGAGGCGGCCACUGGGGCAGCUGCCGCGGCGGGACUCAGGGCUGAGGGUCGCGUCAAGAGUCUGGGACUCGUAUUCGAGGACGAGCAAAAGAGCAGCUACUCUAGCGGCGAUACCGUGGCCGGCCAUGUGUUGUUGGAGACCACCAAGCCCCUAACCCUUCGAGCGCUCCGCCUGGAGGCCCAGGGCCGGGCGCGAGCCAACUGGAGCCGGAGCUCUGGACACCUUGGGCUCGACACCUCGGGAUCCCUGACGGCGGAGGUGGAAUAUCUGAAUAUCCGCCAGAACUUGCGGGAGCCCGCUGCAGGUGAAGGCAUCAUUUUAUUACAACCAGGAAAACAUGAAUUUCCAUUCAGCUUUCAGCUUCCAUCUGAACCUUUGGUGACAUCAUUCACUGGGAAGUAUGGCAGUAUUCAAUACUCUGUGAGAGCAAUCUUGGAACGGCCUGUGGUACCCGACCAAAGUAUAAAAAGAGAACUCCAGGUUAUUAGUCAUAUUGAUGUCAACACACCAGCUUUAUUAACACCUGUAUUAAGAAGUCAUGAGAAAAUGGUUGGCUGUUGGUUUUUCACUUCUGGUCCAGUCUCUUUGAGUGCAAGAAUUGAAAGAAAGGGAUACUGUAAUGGUGAAGCAAUACCAAUCUAUGCAGAAAUUGAAAAUUGUUCAUCUCGUCUGAUUGUUCCCAAAGCUGCCAUUUUCCAAACACAGACUUAUUUGGCUAGUGGGAAGACCAAGACAUUUCGUCAAAUGGUUGCUAAUGUUCGAGGAAACCAUAUUGCUUCUGGAAGCACAGAUACAUGGAAUGGCAAGACUUUGAAAAUUCCACCUGUUAUACCAUCCAUCCUUGAUUGCUGUAUUAUCAGAGUAGAUUAUUCCUUAGCUGUAUAUAUUCACAUUCCUGGUGCUAAGAAACUGAUGCUAGAGCUACCACUGGUGAUUGGCACAGUUCCAUACAGUGGAUUUGGGAGUAGAAAUUCCAGUGUUGUUAGCCAGUUUGGUGUAGACAUGAGCUGGUUGACAUUGACAUUGCCAGAACAUCCUGAAGCACCACCAAAUUAUGCUGAUGUGGUAUCAGAAGAAGAAUUUUCUAGGCACAUUCCUCCUUAUCCUCAGCCAUCUGAUUGUCAGGAAGACAUAUGCUGUCCUCUGUUUGCUUAUAUACAAGAAUUUCGAUUUCAGCCUCCACCUCUAUAUUCAGAGGUUGAUCCACAUUCUGGUGAUAUAGAAGAGACUCAAACUGUUUCAUUUGUGCUAUAACUGUUUCAGAAACUGCUGCAGUCAUGACCAGAUUAGAUGAUGACUUCUUUCCUGCUGCCUUUGUUCAGAAGGGGAUCUAGAAGUAGGGGAACUUGGCUUUGAGUAUCAGUUUUGAACAUAAAAGCUAAAGAAUGUAGAAGAUGGAAGAAGUUGUGGGCUUUUGAUAGAAGCAGUUUGUUUCUGGACAAGUUUGCAUGUUGGCCUUUUAUAACGGGAUUGAAUAUAGGAGUAUCACUGAAUGGAACUGGAUGUACAGAUGAAGGUGGAGUGAGAGGAAGGAACACGUGAAUGAUUCAAAAAGAAAGUUGUCUCACAUACAUAAUGGAAAACACAAGACAAAAACAUUUUAAGGGAUUGUGUCAGAAAUGAAAACAUCCAAAAAAAUUUCGGUUUCUAUAAAUAAAUCAGCAACUGUCUUACUUUUUUUGGUAUACUAUAAGCAGGGAAAGAAUGUUCAAGAAAAGGAAAAUGAUAAAAAAAAACAAAACUUCUGCCAAUUCAAGUGUUUCAUAUUUUAUAUGCUGAAAGACUAUUAAAACACUUGUGUAGACAUCAUGAUGUUAGACCAAAUGAAGAAGUACAAUUUAAUUUUACCAAUGUCAUUUGAAGAUUCAGUUCUUAAGCAGUAAUUGGUACAGUAUGAAACUCAAAAUUGCUUCCAGAAAAAAAGUGAUUCAGAAUUCAAAGGGGAUACAGUCAAAUUUGGAUGACAUUCAUUAUAGUUUGUUAUUCUGGAGCUUUAAUUUUCUUAAUGGUUUUCUCAAAC